UAGAGUGUGACGACUUCCGCCCUGACCCACGUUUCUCACAGGAGAUACUAGAAACUAUUCGCUGUUAGAAGUCGCGUUUAAAUAUCAGGAUGAGGCCGCUAACCGACGAAGAGACGAAGACGAUGUUUGAGAAACUUUCCAAAUAUAUCGGUGAAAACAUCAAACUACUGGUGGACCGACCCGAUGGCUCUUACUGUUUCAGGCUACACAAUGACCGUGUGUACUACAUGAGUGAGAAAAUUCUGAAGUUGGCAACACACAUUUCCCGGGACAAGCUGGUGUCAGUGGGCACAUGUUUUGGAAAGUUCACAAAGACCAUUAAAUUCCGCCUGCACAUCACAGCUCUGGAUUUCCUGGCGCCCUACGCAAAGUUCAAGGUGUGGGUGAAACCUGGAACAGAGCAGUCUUUCCUCUACGGGAACCAUGUGCUGAAAUCGGGGCUUGGGAGAAUCACUGAGAACACGAAUCAGUACCAGGGAGUCGUGGUCUACUCCAUGACGGAUGUGCCCCUGGGUUUCGGAGUUGCAGCCAAGUCUACCCUGGAGUGUCGGCGAGUGGACCCCAUGUCCAUUGUAGUGUUCCACCAGGCCGACGUGGGAGAGUUCAUUAGGAAUGAAGACACUUUAACAUGAAGAUGCAACAACAGAUGGCUUGUUAAAUGCUCCCUUUCUCUACCUAUUUUGUACAUGGCAACACUCAUUCAAUUCAAAGAACCGCUGUUCUGGGUGUAAAUGAAUGAAUGAAUGAACAUUCACACCCAGAAAAGCGGUUCUUUUAUCAGAAGGGAUUGGUUGGAUCUAAGAGUAUCUUAAUAGCAGAUGUAACAACCAUACCUUAUUUCCAAUGCACAGUCUAGGG